UGCACAUGCCACGCGGCGCGCCAUAAACCAUUCAUAACAACGGGACGUACCGGUCACCGGCCGGCAACACACACAACAUCAACACAUCAAGCCAGCAAGACGUGAACUUACUGACUCGACAGAAAAAGAAGAUUGACGCUAGCAUAUGGUUAGUCAUCUUAAGACCUUUAAGGCUCAGCAGGAAGAUCCAAUUUCUUGAUUUCCGAAGCAAGGGGCGACUAUAAAAAGCAGCCACGAUGGGAGACAGCAGAAAAGCCGACUACGAGUACGAAAUGGCAGCGACGACCGACCCGGAGAAAGGAGGCGACCCGGAGAAAGGAGCGGACGGGGAGUGGGGCGGGCAAAUGCAGCAGGAGCCCGACGCUGAAUGGACCGGCCUGGGCAAGGAGGAAUUGCUGAAAGUUGCCAACACUCCAGCAUGGAAUUGGAGCCGCAAUAUCCUCUUGAUUCUCUUCUGGGUGGCCUGGGUUGCUAUGCUGGUCGCAGCCAUCGUGAUCGUGGUGAAAGUACCGCGUUGUCCCGAGGUGGAAUGGUGGGAGAAGAGCGCCAUUUACCAAGUCUUCCCGCGCUCGUUCCGCGACUCCAAUGGCGAUGGAUAUGGGGACAUCAAAGGGAUCACCCAGAACCUGGACUACCUGGAGAGCAUCGGCGUCAAGGUGCUGUACUUGAACUCCAUCUUUGAGCAGCCUAAGGAGACGUCGGACAUUGGCUAUGACAUCGUCAACUUCACCAACGUGGAUCCCUUGCUGGGCAACCUGGCUGACUUUGACCAGCUGGUCUCUGCCUUGCAAGAAAAAGAGAUGAAGCUGAUCCUGGAGUUUGUUCCCAACCACUCCAGCGACAAACAUCCCUGGUUCAAUGAGAGCAGGAAGGGAGUAGACAAUGCCUACAGUGACUAUUACAUCUGGGCUAAUGGCACGGGCAGCACUGGCCGAGACCCGCCAAACGGCUGGAAAAAUAAAUAUGGUGAUUCAGCUUGGGAGUAUGUUGCGGAGCGUGGCCAGUUCUACUACCAUUAUUUCUUGGCCUCCCAGCCGGAUUUGAACUACUACAGCGAAUCAUUGAACGCUACCAUGCUGAAAGCCAUGGAUUUCUGGCUGGACCGCAAAAUUGACGGUUUCGUCUUCACCAAUGUGGAGUAUCUGGCGGAGCCACAGCUGUACAAGAAUGUUGUCGUUGAUGCUGCAGCCGGUGGGCGACGUCGUAGACAGGCAGAGGGAACUGCAGCACCUGCAGAGCCAACAGCAGCAGUAGCAGCAGUGACACCAACCCAAGCACCUACAGAGGCACCUGCUGCACCAGCAACCACUGCUGCUGUAGCAGUCCCAGGAGAAGGUGAACAGACUGCUGCCCAGCCGGCUGCCGAACCUACCAAGGCACCUGAACCUUCACCUGAACCUGAACCUUCACCUUCAUCUGCACCUGAACUUGCUGGUGGCGAUUCCGAUCCCUACUACAAGAUGGGAGAUGAAGCCAUGGCCAGAAAUGAGAUGCUGGCUAAAAUCUUGAAGGGUUGGCGUUCCUUGUUGAACAGCCAGAGCUAUCUUGGCAAAUACAGGUUGAUGGUGACCCAGUCCGUGUUCGACCUGGACACUGUGAUCAUGCAGUACGGCAAGAACAGUUCCUACUUGGCCGAUUACCCUCUCAACUUGGGUCUUGUGGAAGUCCUGGACGGAAGUCAACUGAACGGCGAGAAGAUCAUGAAGGCUGUUGACGACUUCAUCAAUGCUAAGAAUAGUGCUGGGGCAAAGGGUCGCUGGAACACAUGGGCCCUGGGUAGUAAUGACAUCAAGCGUGUUGCAAGUCGUGUCGGAGAGUCCUACGCCCAAGCCCUGAACAUGCUUCUCUACACCCUGCCUGGCACCCCGAUAUCUUACUACGGUGAAGAGUUGGGUGUGGAAGACAUCGAGAUUGGCUCCUUUGAUGACGUGGUUGACCCCGUCGCUCGCAAGUUUAGUGCGAAAUGGAUGGACCUGACACGGGAUCCAGAACGGGCCCCUCUCGCAUGGAACGACGCCGAGCAUGGCAACUUCACCAAGGGCAACUCCACCUGGCUGCCUGUACCCAACACCAAGAAGUACAGCAUUGCGGUGCAAAAGGAUGAUGAAUCAUCCACACUGAAUCAGUUCAGCGUCUUGACCAAGUACCACUCCAAGCCUUCCAUCGUGGCCGGUGAGUUCAUCAAGGUGCUGACCUCGGAUAAACUCAUCUCCUACAUCCGCGCUUACCCGGAAUGGCCCUCCUACCUGGUGGCCAUGAAUGUGGGCACGGAUGAGGUCAUUGCGAACUACCAUACAGCCAAUGAUGUCCAUGUUCCUGCAAUGGGGACCGUCAUUGUUAGCAACGGCGGCAAGAAAGAUGAGCUCUCCAUGGACGGCCUCAAACUGGCCCCUGGGGAAGCCGUCUUGGUGGAAUUCCCCGCUGCUUAAAUCCGAGACAGCCUGGAGUCUCCGACUAAUGGGGGUUGAAUUAUAAUAGCUCAUUAUUGCUGGCGUUGUUUAAGCCUAAUAAGUGAUUGUUUGAUUUCAUUUAAUCUCUUGGUGUUGGGAUGGGUGUAGGGCACGUACUUGUUGGUGUUGGUUUAUUUAGCUCCUAGUUCAGACGCUACAUGAAGAUCACAAUAUGCACAGGGCUCAAGUUGAGCGUACAUAUUCAAAUGUUGAAUGCACAAGUUCCUUUCUUGCUCAGUUGUAGUUUUAUCAACUUUAGCAUUAUUUGUCAAGAUUUGAAAUUUGAAUCUUUUGUGUACAUACAUCAUAAAUUGCCCUCAAAAAGUUGUUUGGGGGAAAUUUGACACAGGGUAUACGUACCAGUAUUGUCUUUGCUCAUGAAGCGAAGGUUAUAUGCAACACCUACAUGAUUUGUAAACAGUAGUGCAUAUACAUAUUAUGUCAACAGGGUUAAAAAGAAACUACAAGUACAAUAUCACCGCCCAGAUCCCUUUCUACCACCUAGAUGUUUUUGCAAGCACUUUUGCAAUUUUUCUGACUUCAGAUUAUUUGUAGUUUGAUGAGUAAUGCCUUUCUGAUUAGCUUCAUUGUAUUUCAUGAUGUAACCUUUCUCUCAUAAAGAAAUGAAAUGUCUUUAAUUCAAAAAGUGUAGUGUUGAAGAAAAUGGUAACACCUUAGUAUAGGGAUUGUGGAAUUUUCUGCAGUGAAGUCAUGUUCAGCAUUUACAGUUUUCAGGUGACUACAACCCCAAAUGUACCCUUAUCUAAUCAAAUAAGAUUAAAACAUGAAUGCUUUGCUGUGUUAAUUAAUAAAACGUCAACCCCCUUGCAA